AUGGCAGAUGCAAAAUACAAAUUCAUUUACUGUAACGUAGGAGUAAACGGAAGGACAAGUGAUUGUGGAGUUUUUAGAGAAAGUGGUUUGUUUAAAGCCAUGUCUUCAGGGAAUUUACUCUUUCCACUAAAUAGACCACUGCCUGGACGAAUGUUGGAAGUUCCGUAUGUGAUUGUGGCAGACGAUGCUUUCCCCCUUUCUGCAAGAAUAAUGAAACCUUUUCCAUGUCGUGGGUUAACAUAUGAACAAAAAGUUUUCAACUACAGGCUUUCCAGAGCUCGUCGAAUUAUCGAGAGUGCAUUUGGAAUUUUAGCAAAUAGGUUCAAAAUUCUUUUAAACCCUAUUAAUUUAAACGCAGAAAAAGUUGAAAUUAUUACUUUAGCAUGUGUUGCUCUUCAUAAUUAUCUGGCUACAGAAAAUUGGAAAAAUUACACAGAGAUAUCUCAAGAUAAAAUUAUAGCAAAUUUAUUAGAAAAGCUUCCACAACAAGGAAGUAACAGAAGUGUAGGUCUGCACAAUUAA